AUGGCAGAGCCUUGGCUGGUGCUGGUGGUGCUGGGGGCUGGGGCAGUGGGACAGGCCUUCCAGCCCCCAGAAGUCUGGGGCCCUGUCCCUCCUGCCCCCACUGCCAGCUGCCUCCCUGCCUGGCCCCCUCAAGGCCUUCUUUCCAUCCUCCUGCAGACCAUGGAUUCCUGGGUCCUGUGGUUCUUGCUCUUUCAAAGCGUAGUCCAGUACCCGCAGCCCGUGGGCGAUGCUUUGGACGAGGCGACGCGUCUGCGCAUGGAGCUGCGUGCAAAGCUCCAGGAAGACAAGAGGAUUUGGCUGGAGCGGGAGGUGGAGCAGCUGGCGCUGAUGCAGAGUGGCUCAUCCUUGCGAGAUGGGCACUGGUCGGCCUUGCAGCCCUGGCAGGUCUGGGCAUUUGCUGGGCUCUUGGUUCUCCUCUUGGCUGUAUGGUUUAUGCGGAGGAGAAGAAGCCAUGAGGCAGAGAUCAGUGGUGAGGAGGAGAAGGAAAAGGAGAAGCAGGAAGAGGAACAGGGUGAGGACGAGACAUGGGCGUAUGAUCUGAGAUGGCUUCUAGAGGAGCACAUACAGUGGCCUGUACAGGACCUGCAGACAGGCUGCAGCAGGACAAUGGCCCUGAUUGGCAACUUCACAAGGGUCCUCAGGUCUGUCCUGACGGGGAGUUUCUACCGGGUGCUGCAACAAGCCAUUGGUUUUGGCAGUGCCAUUGAAGGUUGGAGUGCCAGUGGGGAGGAAGUUGUCUAUGAGGUGCUCAUCCCCCUGACUCCUCCCCUGGGCCACACCUUCCACCUGGAGCGUGACACUGAGCGACAGAGGCCCAGCAGGAAUUUCCGUGUCCGCGUCCAGCUGGAGUGCCGCUGCCUGAGGGAGCAGCAGGGUGCAAACCUGCUGUGCUUCCUGCACCACGCUGACGUGGUUAGGAUGCUUUCAACUGGGCACCCCAACCUCCUAGACACGCUGUGCACAGGCUCUUACCUGGAUGUGAAGAAAACUGUCCGCUGGUUCUGUGCACUGGUGAGGGCAAGCUGGCGGCGUUUGCCCCAGUCACGCAGUUGGCAUUUGGAGCUGCUGCCCUCCAAACGCUCCUGCAACCUCCACCUGAGCAACAGCCAAGAACGCUUCCAGGUGAGGGUGCUGUUCGGGAUGUGGCGACACAGCUCUGACAUCUUUGUCAGCAGCCGGUCUCGAGGGGCCCGCACCCCAAGCACAAUGUGGCCUGAGACCUAUGCUGUGGCAGAGACAAAGUUCCUCAAGCACAUGGCCAGGCAGGUCCCCCAGGACAGCUCGCACCUCAAAUGCCUGCAGCUGCUCAGUGGUGUUCUUGCGCGCAAGGACUUUUCCACCCAGGCCAUCAAGACCAUCGUCAUGCACCUGCUGCACACCGUACCAGUGUCACAGUGGCACCAGAGACAUUUCCUGCUCCAGCUGACAGAGGUCCUGGAGCAGCUGCGCUUAUCUGUGGAAGAGAAACGCCUGGAGCAUUUUAUUCUGGGCAACUGGAGGCUUCCGCAGGAGAUCCGGUUGCCCCUCGAUGUAGUAAGGGCUAGGCCACCCAACCUCUUCUACGGCCUGGUGCAAGAUGCAGCCACCCACUCCCAGGCAAUGGAAGCCUACCUUGAUCUGCGCCAACGCCUGGCAAGAGUGCUGGCCUACGGCCACUGUUAGUGGGGCUCACAGAAUCACAGAAUCCCUAGGUUGGAAGAGCCCUGCUAGAUUGUCCAGUCCAACCCAUGCCCUAACAGCACCUCAACUAAAGCAUGAC